AUGCCUAUUUUUCGACGUGCUAAUGUAUCUCUUUUUAUUAAUACUAAUGAUUUAAAUUAGUCAUGGAUGUUAAUAUCACCAUCAACACAAUUUAUUAGACAAUUAUGUCAUCCAAUACUGCUAUUAUCUGUUGAUAAACAACCUUAUUAUUCAAUCAAAGAUGAUGGUUGUGGACUCAUAAUAAUUCCAAAUAGUGAACAAGGUUUUCUUCAUGAUAUAUUUCAUGUUAUAUCUCAUGAACGAAAUGCUGAAUAUGUAGCUGCAACAAUAGAAUAUUAUUCAUUAGUUCAAUUUUAUCCAAAUUCAAAACAUUUGAUGAAACUGUGUGAAUGGUAA